AUGGCGAGAUCUAUUUUUUGUUUGGGGUUCAAGAGAAAAGAGAGGAACCACCACCCAAUGGUGCUUUUACGAAAGCACGGUCACCGGUGGCUAAUACCUUCUCGACACUAUCGAACCAGAAAUCCACUCUCAAUCGUUCUUUUUAGCGGGGAGGCAUUUUUUUCGUAUCCUGGGCUUAGGUUAAGGAGGGCAAAAAGUGCCCUAUCUGCGGGGGGCAGCGCCAGUUGUUUGUUUUCAAGUCAAGCCCCGUAUCCCUAUCUCUUUUUAGGUUGGCAUAACAAAGAAAGAGAGUGCCAAGAAACAACACAUACCCCCCCGCUUUUGGAAGGUUCGGGAUCGUCAGGGAGCCCCUAUAGACGUAAAGACUUGACUUCACUGAACCGGCACUACUAUUUGUCGGCUCCUACCACUCGUCCCUCGUCUGCUCGUCGAGCGCGUCCCUGGCCCUUGCUCGUCUCUAGUAGCUGA